AUGAAACGAAGACGUUGCUGCCUUUGCUCCAAGAACGCUUUGCGAACCGUGCCAACAAAUAUCACCAUACUCGGAACAGAAAAGUCCAAUGCAACACCUUUGCUAUGCAAUACACAUUACAACAAUAUCAAUAAUUUUAAAAACACCCACCACAUCAGCAACCCUGUUACCAUUGAAAUUCAAAAACAACCAAAAGGAGUGAAAGAUAUCAUUUCAAUCGUUACCGAUAAAUUCGGUCAAUGCAAACAUUCCGACAACAAGUGCUGUAGUAAUUGCAAAGAAGGUAAUACGCGAUGUAAAGGCAUCUCUUUCGAAAAAGUGAGCCAUUUAUUAACAGUAUCGGGAAUCAUAUCACACAAUGGCCACAGCUUCGGAAGUGUGAAUUUCAAUCAUCAUGGCGAAUUUUGUUUUUUUAGUGUAGACUGCAAUAAUUGCAAUCUCAACAAAUAUGGAGUUUGUGAAAAAUGUUAUGAAUGCUAUGAAACAAAAUUACGCCAUUAUCAGCGAACAAUUGAAAACCAAAAUACCAAAACAGCUCACCUCGCUGCAAGAACACAAGAAUACAAAAAUGUCAUCAAAUCAUUGAGGGCAAAAAUCUCUCGACGAGAUACUACAAUUAAGAAUUUCGAAGAAUUAAUUGAAGAAAAAGAUCAAAAACAUUAUUUGGUAGAACUUCUCUCGAUUGCGCUAGAGGAAGGAAAGUUACAUGAAACCCAGUUCUUUUAUCAAUUAUUAGAAAAUACUUUGCAAAAUUUGAUUUCGUCGAAAAAUGUUAACGGUUUUCGAUACAAAGAGUGUAUCAUUCAUUGGUGUUUAUUACUUCGAUUUUAUGGUGGUUCUCGUUUGUGGAAUAUUUUGAAAGGAAAUUCUCCCGGUGAAACUAUAACAUCUGAAAACGCAUUAGAUAAGCUUAAUCUAUUACUUCCAUCUAUCUCAACAAUUAAGAGCUAUCUUCCAGACUUGUCUUUUGGUAACCUUGUCGACAGUGAUUUGAAAGAUAUUGUUAAAGCCAUGGCAUUGAAUAAUAUUAGUAAUAAGAUCAUAAUUUCAUAUGAUGAAAUAGAGAUUAGAGGAGGAUUAUGUGUGAUGAAAAGUACUGGAAAAGUAACUGGAUUCACAAAUUGCAAUGAAAAGUCUUUUGAAGAUAUAUAUAACGCAAAAAGAGAAAUUACACCAGACGAUAUUGCUAGUCAUGUGUGCCAGUUUUUUGCAACAACUAUUGACGGUGAGAUGUCUUUUCCUAUUUGUUUUGGUGGUCACAAAUCAAACCAUUAUGAAUUUAUUACAAAGAAAAUGACAGAAAUUAGAGAUCAAUUCAAACGAACUUCUUAUGGAGAUUAUGUUUUAGAAGUGGUUGGAGGUUGUAGUGAUGGAUUAGCUGAUUCUAAUGUUAUUAGUGGAAUUGAACAAAGCAAGCAAAUAGGAUGUUGUGCAUUAGCAAAAUAUUUAACGUUAAUGCAACAAAUACAUCAAAUUUUUGACGAUGAACGAUGUUCAAACUGGAAUGAGAAAAAACAAUUAAUUGAAUCUGUACUGACAACACUUAAGGAAUGGAAAGAUGCAAAUUCUAACAUCAUUAGUGACGAAUUGUAUUCUCAUAUUGUGAUGACUAUGACUUCACUUCGUUCUCUUUUUGAAAAAUAUGGAAACCAUACUCAAAUUAAGGCUUGUGGAAUUUCGACAUUAAUUUGUUAUGGAAAUUGUAACGUAAGCUUAGACUAUUCUGAAUUACAUCGAAAACACUAUGUAAAGAAACACAUUCUUCAAGAAGACGAUGAGGACACUUUGUUAGAGAAAGAUCAAACUAUUUCUGAAGAGAUGUAUGAAUAUGUGCUCGAUGUCACUCAAGAUUUUCUUCCACAGAAAAAUGUAAUGCUGAUACGAGAGUAUUUAUGUAAACAAGCACCAGUCGCGGAUGAUGGAACUAUUAUGAACAAUAUUUUUCUCAGCUGCCCUGAAUGUAAUCAAAUAAUGGUCCGACAACGAUCAUUCAUUAAGCACUUACAAUGUCACAAUUAUUCACCUCAGCAAUGCAAAGAUACACUGUACAACACAAUUAUUACUUCACUCAAAUCUCGCCAAUUUGGCCAACAUGUUGAGGGUAUUGUUGAGGAAAUAGCAACCAAAUUGGUAACCAAUACCUUUAAGCAAAUUCGAAUUCGAACAGAACCUGAAUUACCAAAAGAAUCAGUUAUUACAUUUAAUUCAGAAAAAGGAUUAUUUGUUCCAUCUAACGAGAAGCAAUCACAAGCAGAAAAUAUUUCAACAUCAAAUAUCGCCACCAUCGACUCUAUUUCAGAAGAUUCAACUCAAAUGUCAGAAACUUCACCUCAAAACAAAUAUGUAUUUUUUGAUUUUGAAACGACUGGAUUAUGGAAGAAUGAUGAUCCACCAAAAAUUACGGAAUAUUGUUUUGUGGACGUUUUGACUGGAGCUGUUUUGUAUGGCUUAGUUAAUCCUGGAAAAGUGAUUUCUAACCAAGCACAAUCAAUUACAGGACUUAACUUGAAUAGUUUAAGAUCAAAAUUGCCUAUUGAAGGGCAUGUGAAUGAUAUUAUCCAAUUUUUAAACAAUAACUCUCAAGGAAAAACUUACUUAAUAGCUCAUAAUGGAGACCGUUUGGAUUUUAAAGUUUUUGCCAAAGAAUUUUUCGGAAAGUUUUCUGAAUUUAAUCAUGACAAUAUUGUCUUUGUUGAUUCUCUCCGAUUAAUGAAAUCAGAAUCGACUUUACACAGUUGUCUUCCUCGGAAAAUGACAAAGAAAGGGAAAUCUAAACCAGUUUUUGCUGAGGAUGUAUUAAUUGAACACUUUAAUUUAGGAAAUGUCAACAAUUCACAUUGUGCAUUUUAUGAUGCUAUUGGAUUGCUUAAUAUUUUGAUCAAGUUUUAUGGUAAUCUCGACGAUGCAUUGAAAGCUAUCGAGUGCUUCAAUACCAACCAACUUAAAAGGAAAAGAGAGAAAAUUAAUGACAAUAAUGAUGAUGAACACAAAGCAAAGAAGAAAGUUGGAUGUAGAUGUAAAAAAGGAAAUUGUUUGAAUUGUAAUUGUGCCAAGCUUGGAAGAAUAUGUGAUGCAACUUGUGGGUGCAAUUCAGAAAUUUGCAAACGGAGACAGUGCCAAUUUAUCAUUGCAAAUGUUGUCACAGACUAA